GCUGCACAGGAAGUACAGCAGGGCAGCCAGCACCACCAGAGAAAUGUCUGCUAGUUAGCUGCUGGUUAGCACGUUGGCCGAUGUCUGUCCCCGUAACGUUAUAGCUAACAUAUUACCCUUAUACGCAGCAUUAUUUAUAAGUUAAUGACUUUCCGUGGGCGCAGUUUGUCAAUAUCAGGGCAAUGUCGGACAGAAAGCGAAGAAGAGAGAAGGAUGACCGACGAGACAACAAGAGACACAAGUCGUCCAAACAGGAUUUUGAGAAACUCAAAACACACACGAAAAAGCUCAACCAAAAAGUCCAACAACUGAAACACGUUGAGACGUUCUAUGAGAAACCUCCACCAGGACUCAUAAAGGAGCACGAGGACAAACCAGAGGACUGUAUUCCUGCUGAACCAGGAAAUGAAGAAGCCAGAAGCUUCCUGGCCCACGCCCCCACCAAAGGGCUGUGGAUGCCUCUGGGGAAGGAGGUGAAGGUGAUGCAGUGUUGGAGAUGCAAGCACUACGGCCAUAGGACAGGAGACAGGGAGUGUCCGUUCUUCAUCAAAGGCAACCAGAAACUAGAGCAGUUCAGAGUGGCUCAUGAAGACCCAAUGUACGACAUCAUUCGGGAAAACAAAAGGAAUGAAAAAGAAACCAGGAUCCAGCAGCUGCAGCAGAUGCUUCAGGACAGCACUUCCUCCAAUUCAGACAGCUCCUCCUCCUCCUCUUCUUCCUCCUCUUCCUCCUCCUCAUCUGAUCACCAUCGAAGCAAGAAAAGGAAAAAGAGGAAGGACAAAAAGAAGAAAGACAAGAAGAAGAGAAAAAGGAAACAAAAGCAAAAGUCUUCCAAAACCAGUGACUGCUCAGAAUCCGAUUGAGUGUUUGGAUAAUGCUGAUAUAUACAUAUGCUUGUAUGCUACGUGUUUGUAAACGUAGGAAGAGACUGAAUGAAGUACAAUAGCAGCCAUGGUCGAUCUUGCGCAGUAGUGAAGUGUGUUCUGCAGCAGGCCUCAGUAAGACCUGCACUUUGAAGACCUUUUGAAGCCUUUCUUUGCAAGUUUAAACUGUAAAACUGUAAGUCCCCUGCGCACGACUUCUCUCCCAACCGUUUCAUACGCUCCAGGGUGACAACUCGCAAUGUAUCUUCUCUGUUGGAUCGUACAGCACAGGGUCGUCUGGCCCAGCUGCUCAAGUACGUGUGUGUACGUGUGCCUUGGUGCAUGUGUGUCAAAAAGCAUUAUUUGCAUGGGUAAUGAAUCUUAAGUGAUAUAAAAGCCUGCUGGUGUAAGAGAUGAUGUUCUUUUACAGGGUCCAAUAAGAUAGCAUGUGAGCAAAUACAGUGUGUUAAGAGAUUGUAUUUUCCACCAUAUUUUUGUAUCCCUGACAUCUCGUGGGUAUUAAAUACUUUGAUUGUAGAGUGUGUUAAACGCAGAGAGGUGAAGGAAAAAAAUUAAACAUUGGGGAACAGUUAUAAUUUGUCUUCCACACAAGCCAGAAUGUUUAAAUGCUUGUGAGUGUGCAUACACAUUAGAAAUGAUUUAAGGUUGGAAUAUGCUCAUUUGUUCUUAAAAAACCCACAGGGAUGGCGAAAGUAUGUAUGUGAAUGUGCUACCUUAAUCUCAGAAUAAAUAUGGCUCUCUUCUCCAA